UCUGCGACGUCGUGCGGGGCGGCGGCGUCAGCGGCAGCGGCGGUGGCGCUGCCUUGCUGCCAGGGCUGCCAACCUCGCGCCUCGCUGCAGGUGCUGCCCCCGAGCUGCGACCGGGAGACGUCGGCCCUUCGCGCCGAGAUGGAAGCUCUGCGCGCGGAGCUCAGCCGCGCCAACACGCGCGUGCAGGUGCUGCUCGAGUCCGAGCGCCACCUCAAGGACAGACUAGCCUCUGUGGCUUCUGCACCUGUCUCUCCCUGUGGAGGUGCCCUGUCUGGAGGGGAGAGGCUGGUGCGUUGCUAUGCCAACCUAUACACAUCUGCAAGAGUUGAUGCUUUGGAUGCUCUCGACAACCUGCCACCCCUAAAGGAUGCAGAUGAACUUAAGUCUAAAAUUUUGUUUUCAGUCGUUGUGCUGGCAUUCCGAGCUGCUCAGUCCUUACUGCUUCUGAAGAAGGACCAUGUUCGUCGAGUGCUGCACAUACCUCCACCUACCCAGACCCCAGCGGGAGCAUCACUGCAAUCCCAAGCGCCCUCAGACCCUGCUGCUGUUGAGUUGGAACUGAGUGUUGCUUCAUAUCUGAGGAGGACUGUUGACAACUUUGAUUUGAGUAAAAGUUGUGAGGAAGUUCUGUCACAAAUCUGGGCAACCCUGUAUGACUACCCAUGUCUGAAAAAUUGCCCUGGUCUAGUGCAGUAUGUUAAGGAUGCUGUAAGACUUGCAUGGAGUCUUGUCAAUCAGACACCUCCAUAUGUUUUGGAAUAUGAACAAAGAAUGUUGAGAAAAGAUGUGCAUGUCCGAUUUCAUUCAUCAAAUCAAGAAAGUGAUCAAAUUCGCACGUACUUAUGGCCUGCUUUACUUGAGGGAACUGGUGGGCCGUGUGUUCACAAAGCUGUGGUAAUCACAUGAUUUUGGCUUAUAUCUAUACAGAUACUUUGGUUUAUGGAAAUUGCUAUAUUAUAUCACAUUUUACAACAGUUUAACAAGAAUUUUCUGAUACCCACCGAUCUGAGAGAUGAUUUUUGAUAUGUUACUUCUUCAAUAAAUUGCCACAUUUCAAUGUUUAAAGUAGAGAAGUCAUGUUUUACAAAUAUAUGUAUUUUGCCCAUAUUUAUUAGUUGAAUAUAAUAAUGGCAGUACAGUAUUUAUGGAAUAUAAAUUCCUUGAUUGUUAUUUUGUGUAAAUAAGUUGAGAAUAUAUAUAUUUGGUUGUGUAAACUUUAAACUUAUACACAUGUGAUAUUUAAAUAUUACCUUACUAUUUUUGUUGGAUUGUUCCCAGAAGAGAAUGGUUUCAAUUUAUCAUUUUUAAAUGAAAUAUAUUGACCAAUAAAUGAAGCAUUCACUUCUUUUCUUUGAUUUUGUUUUUUCUUAGUGUUAUUAGAGCUGAGAAACAAACAUUAUUCAAGUUGUGCUUCACUCAGUAGAUAUAAGUUCCCUAAUGUCAUAGAGCCAUGUAAUGGUAUUGUAUAAAUAUUAACAAAUCAAUGUAUAAUAUUUGCUUGUACAUUAUUUCCAUUUGUAUAAUAUUACUGUAAGAUAAAUAAUAUUAUUCGAACUACUAUUAAAUUGUUAUUAAGUUAGAGAAAGAAGAAAUUAAAUAAAAAAAUCAGCAAUUGUUCUAACCAGUAGGCCAUUAUAUAUGUGACAAAUGUAAAAAGAAAUUCUAAGAAAAAAAAAUCAAGUUUAAAUUACCUGUAAUAUAACAUCUGAAUAAAUUU